AUGGAGCGACAGAUCCACCGAAAAGCACUUGCAGAUCGCCGAAAGCCAUUCCGAAGUAUUGCAAACGAAAUUGAGCCACAAAUCUCAGAUAAAUCAGUUGCACGGGCACUAGACAAACGGGGCAUGCACCGGAGGAUUGCGAGGAAGGUUCCCUUCCUAACCCAGCAGCAGAAGAAGGCACGAUUGGAGUGGGCAUGUGCACGGGAGGGAGAAGACUGGGACACUGUCAUGUGGUCAGAUGAAUGCUACAUCCAGAUGGACGACAAAAUGGGACAGGUGUAUGUGACACGCACCGUGAAUGAAGAGUACAAUGAGGCAUGCCUCAUUCCGACCUUCAAACAGUCAGCGCUCCGGGUAAUGGUGUGGGGAUGUGUCACAAAUGGGUGGAAAGGGCCACUCAUCAUCUUGGAGUACCCUGGGGGCAAGGGCGGGGGUAUGACAGCGGGCAGAUACUGUGAGCAGGUCCUAGAGGGUGUCUUGAUGAAGGCAAUGGAAGGAGCGAAGAAAAAAUGGCCUGGUAUGCGAUUUCAGCAAGACGGGGCUCCAUCACACACAGCCAAGGUGACGCACCAGUGGUUCUCUUCCCACGAAAUUGCCCUCUUCCCACAUCCUGCAAACUCUCCCGACCUCAGCCCAAUCGAACCUGUCUGGAAGGAGCUGAAAAGGCGUGUGCGUGCCCAUCAGCCACGCCCAACUACCCUCGAAACUCUCAAAAUAGCCAUUCAGGAGGAGUGGGAGAGAAUGCCAUUGGAAGACAUAACGAAGCAUACCAAGAAGAUGAGAGAGCGCGUGGAGGCUGUCUUGAAGGUGAAGGGUGGGCACACAAAGUUUUGA